AUUAAUUAUUUUCAAAUUAUUCCCGAAAUUAUUGUUCCAGGAUAUUCUCGUGUUUCGAAAGCAUCAAAGGUGCAACGAAAGAACCCUAUCGUUUGGCGAUGAAUUAAAGAUAAUAUAAAGGGGGCUUGUCAAACGGCAAUCAUCCCCUAUUAUAAUCAUGUCUACGUUGUCUGGAAAACGAAUAAGAUCAACCUUACUGUGUCUUGAUAAGGAAGAAAAUACGGAUGAAAAAAGAAUCGAUAUACCGUUCGUCGAUAAUGAACCAUUAAGGAAAAUACUGAUACGUAAGAUUGAAUAUACAACUCUUAUGAUAAUACAGAAAAUUUGUUCUGGAGAAUUUCCAAGUGUCUUUGUUCCAAAUAACUAUGAUAAAAUGGAAUCAUUAGAAUCACUAGAAAAUGAUGUUAAUGAAUCUGAUGAUAAGACGUUGGAAUUCGAUGAAGAUGACAAUUCAGUGAAUGUGACAGAUAGUAUGGAUUUUUGUCGCAAAAGGAGUAAAAACAAAUUGGCCUUAAUGAUGAAAGUUAUGGCUAUGUCACAUCGAUUAUUAAUUACAAAUACUAAAAUAACUAGGCGAUCUUUUUAUUAUGAUUUAAGAAACGACAUAGCAAGUAUCUUGGUUCCUACGCAAAAAUACAUAGAUCUAGCUGUGCAUGAUGUCGCUGAACUUUUGAAUUGUGCACCGUGGGAUUUGGGACUCAUUGCUACGUCCAAAGGUUUAAUAGCAGGAAAUUUAACUCUAUACUUCAUGGACAACCAGACUAUCGAUUGCAAUGUUCCAGGAGGUGCACUUAUUCCUCAGAUAAUCUCAAAUAUUAUCUCGAUUCGUGUAAAAGCAAAAUUCGUUUUGAUUGUCGAGAAAGAUUCAAUAUUUCAAAAAUUAUUAGAAGAGAAUACUACGGAAUUAUUGAAUUGUAUACUAAUCACAGGAAAGGGUUACCCAGAUAUUGGUACCAGGAUGCUAAUUAAAUUACUUUCGGAAAAACUAAAUAUUCCAAUUUAUAUUAUCGUAGAUGCUGAUCCCUUUGGCAUGGAUAUCAUGUGUGUUUAUCGCUUCGGAUCUUCAACAUUAUCGAAGGAAAAUGAUAGUUUAGCUUGUCCGAAAAUUCGUUGGCUUGGCAUUCACCCCUCGGAAUUGAGCGUAUUAGGGGUGAAAACUAUUUCAUUGUCCGAAAGGGAUUUAUCGAAAUUGACAUCUAUCAAUAGUCGUCAUUACAUGACGGAGGCGCUGUUAAGACAGACGAGAAUAAUGCGAAGGGGCAAAGCCGAGAUAGAAGCUAUAUCAUCUUUCUGCCGUAAUUUUCUGACAGCUAUUUAUAUCUCACGAAAAAUAAAAGGAAACGAUUAUAUUUAAAUUAUAACAAGACAAGAACGUUUAAAGAAAUAAUUCACUCAUUAAUUCGUAUAUUAAUUCAUGCACAUAUGUGUAUUACACUUAUUCGUUAAUUGAUAUCAAUAAAAUUAUUUAAUUAUUUUUGUAUAGAUUUAAAAUAUGUUUCAUUGAAAAAAACAUUUGUUGCGUAACAUUUGGUCUGAUGUAAUUAAUUUUGGCGCUCCUUC